AUGGAGCCGUUUAUGAAGCCUCCUUUAGAGAUGAACUUUUCCACAACUGAACAGUUGUCGUUAUCCGAAAGAUGGAGACGAUGGAAGGAAACUAUGCAGUUAUAUCUUGGAUUAAACAUGUCUAAAGCCAGCGAGAAAGAACAAUGUGCGGCGUUCCGGUAUGUGAUCGGACAAGACGGGCGAGACAUUUAUAACACAAUGAAGUUUACAGAGGCUCAAAAGGACAAAAUCGACGUGUUAUUCGCGAAGUUUGACGAGUAUUGUGAACCCAGAAGAAACACGAUUAUGGAAAGAUACAAGUUUAAUACGCGAGUGCAAAGAGACGACGAAACAGCCGAUCAGUACGUAACUGAACUUAAAUUGCUCGCUAAGAAUUGCAACUUCGGAUCUCUUGAGGACGAGUUGAUUAGGGACCGCGUUGUUUACGGAAUAAAAUCGGAGC